AUGUCAAGACGGGCUGCCGAACCUGCAAGUGCGUUACUCCGACCUCCGCGAGUUACUCCGUGUAUUAACCACUAUAAAAGAGCCCGGAAGAUCAAAUGCGACGAAGCCAAGCCCUCAUGUAAGCGCUGCUUCUCGUCUCGCCGCGUUUGCGGCGGCUACCAAGGCACAGCUAGCCUGACGUGCUACCGCCCAAACCAAUUAUCCGCACGCGAUCAGAGAGAAGGCAGAGCAUUCCAGUUCUUUACAGAAAUGGUCGGACCAGUCCUCUCGGGUCCUACUGACUCUUACUUCUGGACGCAUCUGGUCAUGCAGUUCAGCCACUUUGAGCCCACCAUGCGCCAUGCUGUUCUGUCCAUCAGCUCGCUCUACGAAGAAUUUGCUAGAGGUUCUCGGAUUACUCGGCAGGUCUGUGGUAGCACGUUUGCUGUCAAUCACUAUAAUGCGGCUAUAAAGCAUGUCAAGUCUGCCAGUGAUGAGCAGAUGAUUCUUGUUCUCUGCGUACUCUUCAUUUGCAUAGAAUACCUACAGGGAGACUUUGACGCUGCUCUGGAGCACUGUCGGCAUGGUAUCAUGAUUCUCAACAACUCUUCGCGUACAGAAUGGAUGUGUCAGUACCUUGUACCCAUAUUCAGACGGAUGAGUAUAACGCCGUUUUUCUUUGGCGGUGCCAAACCACCGACGCGUCUACCGCAGCUCAUCGGAUUCGAGACACCGAUACCUUUAGAGUUUUGUGAUACUCGAGAAGCGCAGACAGUGAUUGAUGACCUGAUGAUUCGGAUCAUGGGGUGCUUGUACGACGGUAAUGAUGAUAGGGUUGAGCUGGCUUCAUUGCUAGGUGACUGGGAAUCCAAGAUGGAUCAUCUAGAGCGUGUACUGCCCCCAUCUGCAACAUCGGAUAAGUACGCGAUAUGCGGAAUGAGAUUCAAGCACAAAAUGGCCAAGAUUUACAUCCAAAAGCAACAGUCACAUACAGAAAUGUGGUGGGACCAGCAUCUCAAUAUCUUCCGCGAUGCUGUGAAAUUGGCAGAAGAAGCGUUCCUUUUAUCGACAGCACCGGGCCAUCAACGCAUACCACAAUCAAGCUUCAGCUUCGAAAUGAAUUGGCUACCAAUGCUGUUCUUCAUCGUCCUCAAAUGUCGAGACCUGAGAAUUCGUCGCAUGGCAUUAUCCUUAUUGGCGUACCUUGGACUGGCCAAAGAGGGCCUGUUUGACGUGGGGACUCUGUAUAGAGUUGGAAGACGUCAUAUUGAGCUGGAACAUGAUAUAUCACUUAAUGAUACUGCCGAGCUGGUGAGUGUGGUUGUACCGCCUGAGGAGAAACGCUCUUUCGCUAUUCCGAUAAACCACGAGUUGCAAGUCAUCUCCAACCAAGAUGGCAAAAAGGGAGGUUAA